GUCCGGCUUAUUUUUGGGAGCCUUAACUGGGAGGGACUGACACGCUUGCCAGCGAAGAGUUUCUUGCUGCUGAAAAUAUUUAUCAAGACAGCUGUUUGUAGCUUGUUGGCUUUUCAGCCCCAUCAUGAUUCACAGCUUGUUCCUGAUAAACAAUGUCGGCGAUCUAUUCCUGGAGAAACACUGGAAGAGUGUCAUAAGUCGCAGCGUCUGCGAUUAUUUUUUCGAAGCACGGGAAAAGGCGGUGGAACCCGAAAACGUGCCUCCAGUCAUCCACACCCCUCAUCACUAUCUCAUAAACAUCUAUCGGGAGAAGAUCUUUUUUGUUUCUGUCAUCCAAACAGAAGUGCCUCCUCUCUUUGUUAUAGAAUUUCUGCAUCAAGUUGCAGAGACGUUUCAGGAUUAUUUUGGAGAAUGUUCUGAGACAACUAUCAAUGAUAACGUGGUAAUAGUCUAUGAGCUUCUGGAGGAAAUGUUGGAUAAUGGCUUCCCCCUCGCUACAGAGUCCAACAUCUUGAAAGAACUUAUCCGACCUCCCACGACACUGCGGUCUAUGGUCAACACCAUCACUGGUAUUAGUAAUAUUGGGCAGACCCUCCCUCCUGGUCAGCUCUCCAGUAUCCCAUGGAGAAGAGCCGGUGUAAAAUAUAGUAAUAAUGAGGCUUACUUUGAUGUGGUUGAAGAAAUCGAUGCCAUCCUGGAUAAAUCUGGAAGUACGGUUUUUGCAGAAAUCCAGGGUGGGAUUGAUGCUUGUGUCAAACUGUCUGGAAUGCCGGACCUUACGCUCUCAUUUAUGAACCCCAGACUCUUGGAUGAUGUGAGCUUUCAUCCGUGUGUGCGAUACAAAAGAUGGGAAAGUGAGAAAGUCAUAUCCUUCAUUCCCCCAGAUGGAAACUUUCAGCUCAUGUCAUAUCACGUCAGUGCCCAAAACCUAGUAGCAAUCCCUGUGUAUGUGAAGCAGAACAUCAGUUUCUUUGAAACUGGACCCUCGGGAAGACUGGAUAUCACUGUGGGUCCUAAACAGACCAUGGGAAAGACUGUAGAGUGUGUUGUAGUAACCAUACACAUGCCCAAAGUGGUUCUUAGUGCCAACCUCAAUGCAACUCAGGGAACCUACAACUAUGACCCCGUCACAAAGGUUUUAAUGUGGGACAUUGGGAAGCUUAACCCUCAGAAGCUUCCCAAUCUGAAAGGAAGUCUCAGCCUGCAGUCAGGAGCACCUAAACCAGAGGAGAUCCCAAACCUGAACAUUGACCUGAAAAUCCAACAAUUAGCCAUCUCAGGAUUGAAAGUAAACCAGCUUGAAAUGUUUGGAGAGAAGUAUAAACCAUUCAAAGGUGUGAAAUAUGUGACCAAGGCUGGAAAAUUCCAGGUCAGAAUGUGAGGCUGUUACAGAAUAACGACAAUAUGCCAAAAAUUCUUAAUAGGUGGCAAGUGUAAAAUCCUGCAGGAUUGCACCUGAUACACAAUCACACCAUUGAAGUUACAUUUAUCACUGUAUUAUUUAUCGUUAUUUGUUUCUUGGGGGGAGAAAAGAAAUGCAAGUUUUUACAUUUGAGAGUAUUUUUGGGGAGACUUUUAUCUUCAUAAUAAUAACAUUCCAUUGAUUUAUUAAAACUGUAAAAUGUUCUAUUUAAAGUAUGUGUUUUCACUUUAUAGUGCACAGCAUUCACAUAUUAUUAAAGACACAUUAGUUGACAAUGGCUGUUUUAGGCAGCAUCAUAUGAGAAUUAUGCAAGAUUUGUAUUUUACAUUAUGUGAUGUAGAUGAGAUUAUAUCAAUUACUUAUCUACAAUACUGGAGAAUACCUGCAGAUAGACCUUAUUCAGUUUUUUAUAUUGUAAUUUUGUUUGAGUUCAGUGGCCUUUGAAUAAGAAAUACAUUUUACAAAGGCUUCACACACACACACAUACACACACACAAAUGGCCUUAUAAAGUAUAUGCUUAUAGCAGGAGAUAGUGUGUUGACAAUCUACAUAAGCAUAUCACUGCCAUCAGGUCAGUAGCAGUUCUGUUCUGCCUCUUUAACACUUUGUUUGUUGUGUAUAAGCACUACAGAGCCAUUAUUAGCACACACAAUAGAACCUGUUGCAUUGACCUGCAGCAGUAUGGUGGAUGGUACAUGUCUGCCAAUUUAAAGCUUUACAGAACAUUUGCACACAAAGGGCAAUUCCAAGAUUUUAUGAAAUAUCAUUUGAGAAACUGUAAGUCAAGGGAACUGUGUAUUUGUAUUAAAGAUAUGUGCUUAAACCCAAAUCCUUGUGACAUAUAUAAAUUAUGAAAAAGUCA